AUGAAGAGAGCUCGAAGACAAAAUCUUUACGUGCCAACUAAAUAUGAGGUGUUGAUAGUGAUGUCCAUCCUCAAUACAGCUCCACCGCUUGGCAUGCGAAGUAGCAUAUCUUUUCAUACGAGCAAACUUGUAAACUCAAUUGCAUGGUACGUAGUAAACAUGAAUACGAAAACGUUAAUAGUAUGGUUUCUUUUGUUAGCGGCUGUUGUUGUAGCUGUCGCUGCAGAGACUUCCGUGGAUGACAAGAAACAAGGUGAAAAGCAAGUAGAGAUACCAACCGUAGAAGGGAAAAACGACGACGCUAAGGAUACUCUCAAUCAAGGAGACGUUGGCGUUGAGGCUACGGUUGAGAAAGAGGAAGAAAACAGUUAUGAAGUUGAUCAAGGAGGAGGAGGAUGGAAAGGAGGCGGUGGCCGAGGAGGUGGGGGAUGGAAGGGAGGUGGUGGCCGAGGAGGUGGGGGAUGGAAGGGAGGCGGUGGCCGAGGAGGUGGGGGAUGGAAGGGAGGCGGUGGCCGAGGAGGUGGAGGAUGGAAAGGAGGCGGUGGUCGAGGAGGUGGUGGUGGAGGCGGUGCUGAGUUAGACACCGUAGAAAUAGAUAGUGCGUCAGAUGAUGAUGUACAAAAUUAUGGCGGAGGUUGGGGAGGCGGCGGACGAGGCGGAGGUUGGGGAGGCGGCGGACGAGGCGGCGGAGGUUGGGGAGGCGGCGGACGUGGCGGCGGAGGUUGGGGAGGCGGCGGACGUGGCGGCGGAGGUUGGGGAGGCGGCGGACGUGGCGGAGGUGGAGGACGAGGGGGAGGAUGGAAAGGCGGCGGUGGCGGCGGAGGAUGGUAGAGUAAUCGACCGUCUGGUCUCUACUCAACUGAAAACCAAAUAUUAUGAGUAAGAGUAUGCAAAUAGUGAACUAUAAUAAAUAAAUAACGUCUCAUGCACGGUUUACCGAUGCAUUAAGCCACCGCACGUAGCCUAGCCCAAAGCUUAAAUGUCAUGUAAUUAAGUUAUAUAUUGCUCUUCGUAUAAUCAAUAUAUCUUCUUAAUGUUGAGCUAAUGUCAGGAUUUUGUUCUAAGUUUUAAUUCACUUAUCUUUCACAUUCGUACACACAAAAUAAAGAUUGAAAUAAUAUUUGAUCAUACCGAAUUUUUUUUUUUUUUGAAAUGAUCAUACCGAAUUUUGUGUGUUCAAUUAUCAUGUGUAAGAUAUAUAUACACAUAUUACCGAAUAUCUUAUUAGCUUUUAGAGAGAUGUAGAAAUACACAAUAAUAUGUUCACAUCUCUUUAUAAAAUCAUACAUUUUAAGAUUUUUAAGCCGACAAUAUUAAAAUAUGCUUUCUUGUCAUGAAGUACUGAGUUUCAAGAAAGAAAACCAUAGAAUUUUGAAUGUCACAAAUCAUUUCCACAGUUUCUUGUAUAAAUUACCAAUCAUGCUAACAAAUCUUAAAACCAAACAUUAUUGUUAUUGCUCAUCCAAGUACAACAUUUUCUGCUACAAGCCUACAAGUAGUUGGAGAAG